AAACGUGGUGUCCACCCAUUUUUCACAUAAAUUUCUCUGAGAAUUUGAUAUCCUUUAAUGGAGAGAAGGGGAAAACACACCAAACUUUCUCUCCCUACCUAAUCGUUAAAGUCGAUAAGAGAGACAGAGAGGAUGUCAACGGCUUCACUGUGUUCAUCACCUCUUAGUACCCGGAUUGGUCAGGGCCUUGGGCCUCGAAAAACCCAUUUCUCUCAACCCAGUUCGCUCUCGUUUACUAGGAGGAAAGUUCAUACUGUAGUGAAGGCAACAGCGCGGGUUGAUAAAUUCUCCAAAAGUGAUAUCAUUGUUUCUCCAUCCAUUCUCUCUGCUAAUUUCUCAAAGUUGGGAGAGCAGGUAAAAGCAGUAGAAUUGGCAGGUUGCGACUGGAUUCAUGUCGAUGUCAUGGAUGGACGUUUUGUUCCAAAUAUUACAAUUGGACCACUUGUCGUUGAUGCCCUACGUCCUGUGACAGAUCUUCCCUUGGAUGUGCACCUGAUGAUAGUGGAACCUGAUCAGCGAGUACCAGACUUUAUUAAGGCUGGAGCAGACAUAGUGAGUGUUCACUGUGAGCAAUCUUCCACUAUACAUUUGCACCGUACAGUAAAUCAAAUAAAAAGUCUGGGAGCUAAAGCUGGAGUUGUCCUAAAUCCUGGUACCCCGCUAAGUGCGAUUGAGUAUGUCCUUGAUGUCGUUGAUCUGGUCUUGAUUAUGUCGGUGAAUCCUGGCUUUGGUGGACAGAGCUUUAUUGAGAGCCAAGUAAAGAAAAUAUCAGAAUUGAGAAGAAUAUGUGUGGAGAAGGGAGUAAACCCGUGGAUCGAGGUGGAUGGUGGAGUUGGUCCAAAAAAUGCAUAUAAGGUCAUCGAGGCAGGAGCUAAUGCUUUAGUUGCAGGUUCAGCUGUCUUUGGGGCUAAAGAUUAUGCUGAGGCUAUAAGAGGGAUCAAAACCAGCAAGAAGCCGGUAGCAGUAGCAGUGUGAUUUAUGAAACACCAAAGAUCUGGUUUGUUGUCGAGCAUUUGAUACAGCAGAUAAGAAGUAUGCUAAAUCUUGUUGUUGGACGUCCCAUUACUUGUUCAAUCUGAAAUAAAAAGAAGUCAAGGCUGUGCUCUGACUACCGCCAGGAGAAAUUGUUUGUAUAUACCUUACUGGGAAUUAAUAACCUCAACUUUUGAGGCAUUUCAACAAAACAAAGGAAGAUAAAUUGUCUUUUUUUAUGCUUACCUUUCAUGCUAA